UACACUAACAUAUGUGUUUGCUAAUGAGAAGUGUGCAGUACAUGUAGUUCAUCUCAUAGAGUAUGGUGUGUUGUGUCUGAGACCAGAUUACAUUGGUGACUACCUGAUCAAGGUAAGUCUAUAGCAGCCCCAGUCACAUUGUCGGUAUUUAGCAACGGUAAGAUACAUUGGUGACUACCUGAUCAAGGUAAGUCUAUAGCAGCCCCAGUCACAUUGUCGGUAUUUAGCCACAGUAAGAUACAUUGGUGACUACCUGAUCAAGGUAAGUCUAUAGCAGCCCCAAUCACACUGCCGGUAUUUAGCCACGGUAAGAUAGAGUGGUGACUACCUGAUCAAGGUAAGUCUAUAGCAGCCCCAGUCACAGUGCCGGUAUUUAGCCACGGUAAGAUAGAGUGGUGACUACCUGAUCAAGGUAAGUCUAUAGCAGCCCCAGUCAUACUGCCGGUAUUUAGCCACGGUAAGAUACAGUGGUGACUACCUGAUCAAGGUAAGUCUAUAGCAGCCCCAAUCACACUGCCGGUAUUUAGCCACGGUAAGAUAGAGUGGUGACUACCUGAUCAAGGUAAGUCUAUAGCAGCCCCAGUCAUACUGCCGGUAUUUAGCCACGGUAAGAUACAGUGGUGACUACCUGAUCAAGGUAAGUCUAUAGCAGCCCCAGUCACACUACCGGUAUUUAGCCACGGUAAGAUACAUUGGUGACUACCUGAUCAAGGUAAGUCUAUAGCAGCCCCAGUCACAUUGUCAGUAUUUAGCCACGGUAAGAUACAGUGGUGACUACCUGAUCAAGGUAAGUCUAUAGCAGCCCCAGUCACAUUGUCAGUAUUUAGCCACGGUAAGAUACAUUGGUGACUACCUGAUCAAGGUAAGUCUAUAGCAGCCCCAGUCACAUUGUCGGUAUUUAGCAACGGUAAGAUACAUUGGUGACUACCUGAUCAAGGUAAGUCUAUAGCAGCCCCAGUCACAUUGUCGGUAUUUAGCAACGGUAAGAUACAUUGGUGACUACCUGAUCAAGGAUCCCCCACCUGAUCCGUUGGAUUAUCUGGUCAAAGUGCCUCAGGAGUCCAUUUUCCAGGAUACAUCACUAAAUGAAAGUUUCAGGAGUAGUCAGAUGUCAGACCUAGACUUGAGUCAGCAAGUUGGGUCAUUUAGUAGUCAAAACUCACCAGAGAAAAAGUAUUUGUCCAUCCCUGGCCUCAGUAAUAGUAGCUCUGUAGAGUCACCUCUAGCUACUUCUAACAGUCAGGACAUAUCAUUAUCUGACCUAGAUUUUAGUCAGCAGCAUUGGUCACCUAGUAGUCAAAACACACAAGAGAAAAGGUACUUGUCCAUCCCUGGCUCUGCUGGUAGCAGUUCUGUACUGUCACCUCUACAUACCUCAAACAGACCAGUAACAACAGUAAAUGACCGAGUGACAAGAAGAACUAGGAAUGAAGUGCCUUCUCCCCUCAGUGUAGAACACAAUGUACCAAGUCCAGCUCGGCCUGUCCAAAAGAAACGGAAGCUCAGUGAGGUUGUUGGAGUCGAAGAUGCUCUCCAUGAACUUAAGAAACUCAAAGUGUCCAAGAAAAGGUUCCUUUGGAAGCCUGUCAUUUGUGCGUUGUCCAGUUGCGAUGACCAGCAACAGUCUAAGUAUAUCCCGACAGAGUUUACUGAUAGCAUGACCAAUAUUAUACACUCGUCUCUGGAGGAGGAGUCAUGCAGUUUCGAGUUCCUUUCAUAUGCUCUAGACCUCAUCUCCUCCAUGAUUGUGUCGAGGAAGUACCCUAAGACGGAUACCAUCCAGUUCAUGAUGGUCAAGCUCCUACAGAAUGCUGCCAGUGAGAGCCUGGCCAUCAAGUCCUACACUGCUUUGAUGAGGUUGUUGCAAGUACACCCACCGACAUCUCCACUCUGUACUACUAUGUACAUGAGGACAUUGACUCUGGGCACUGAGGAGAUCGAAGAUUCAAACCAGCCCUGGCAGUUCAUCAGGAGUGUUAUCCAAAAGAUUGUAGAAAUAUCUCUGGAUUCCAAGAGCGAUGAUUUUAACCACAAUAUCAUGCUGUUGAAGUUCCUGGUUGCAUUGCUAGAACAAAACUUCAAGUUCUGUCUGCAAAGUUAUGCUGAGAAUGAAAUGAGCACCAAGAAGUUGUCGAGUUGUAUGAUCACUCGUGUACUGUGGCCGGGAACAUCCAAAUUCACUAUCAACACAAAAUGUCAAGAACUCCUGUCUUUCCUAAGCAGCUGUCUAUCAAGUGAAUUAGACAUGACCCAAAAGAUUCAGGUAUUACCACUGCUACUGAGUCUGAUAUCAAUGGCUGCAGAAUGCUGCAGACUCACAGAGAAAACAUCAAGUGAUGUUGGCAUCCUGCUGCCAUCAAAAGAGGAGAGCGCUAUUGCCUUUAUAUACGAGUUAUCCCGAAACAUUGAUGUGGGCCACACAGAUGAACAGUUGUUGGGACUGAUUCUUCGCUCCCUACAGCCAGCCUGGCUUUGUGUGGGUGUGUGUCUUCUCUUACUCAACAACAUGGACGACUACCUGGUACUGGAGGGGGUCCCGAGGGACAGCACGGAGAGGAUAACACUACACACUAUAGUUAACAAGUAUCUUUUCCUGCUGCCAAAACUGCAACCUCUCGAGGGAAACGGUUCUCAGAGGCCAAACACACCUGUUUCAACACUGAAGAAAACAACAGAAGUGAGCAAGAAUGAAACCAAGGACACUCACUCAAAAGAGAACAAAUUUAUUAAGAAUGCUUCUAGGGCCAAUAAGCGCAACAUGAAAGGAGAGACAUCACUUCAUAGAGCCUGUAUCAAAAAUGAUGUCAUCAACUUGAGGAAACUGCUGAAGAUACCAGGAAUAGACAUCAAUUCGAAAGACAAUGCUGGCUGGACACCACUUCAUGAGGCCUGUAACCAUGGUCACAUACAGUGUGUCAAAGAAUUACUCAAAUUUGUGCCAUCAAAAACAGUGGACACUUUCUUCAGUUCAGGUGAGAAUGUGUGUAGAAAGGCAGACCUGUUGCUAAGUAACAAUGACGGAGUUACUCCUCUACAUGAUGCUGUCAUGAACGAGAGACUGGAUGUGUGUCGUCUGCUGCUUCAACAUGGCGGCUCAGCACUUCUGCAUUGUAAGAUGGUCAAUAGUGCUACUCCCCAGGACCUUGCUGUAACAACAAAUAUGAGGAACUUGCUACUGUCUUUUGAAAAAGAGGAACAAAUCAGUAGUUCACAAGGGAGUGAGUGUACUCAACCAAGUGACUACCUUUACGACCAGGUACUGAGGCAGGAGGGUGCUGCACCACAGUGUAGUAACAUUGAGGACUGUACUAAGUACAUCUGUCUGGUGACUUCCACAAUCAGGUCCUAUCUGGAGGCAGCUAACAUCUUAACGCUUAUCUCCCUCACACAGACAACGACUCCUGUCGCAAGGGGAACAACUCCGGUAAUAAGGGGAACAACUGUCACAGAGGAUAGGGAUGUGUCGUCAUUCACAGGGGACGUAACGCUUAUCUCCCUCACACAGACAAUGACUCCUGUCGCAAGGGGAACAACUCCGGUAAUAAGGGGAACAACUGUCACAGAGGAUAGGGAUGUGUCGUCAUUCACAGGGGACGUGUCAUCACUCCCAAUGGUGGUGCGAGAGUUGGAUGUUGGAUUGGAAAGAGGAACUUCUGGGAUGAUGAAUCAGGGCAGUGAUAUAGUUGACAGAGUGAAGUCAGACUUGCAGAUUGCUAGAAACUUGAAGAAAUAUGUCAGUCAAUUUGAAAGUCACAUGAUGAAAAUAAGUCAUGUUGUUGAUCAUCCAACAAUAAAACUUCGGAUUAUGUGUUUGUGGUGCCUAGCUGAAACAAGUUCUAAUCCGGUGGCUACUGUUAACUGUUAGAUAAUUUCCUAACACCACUGACUUUGUUGUGUUUGUUUCCUUACAGGUCAGGAAUGUAUUAUUGUUAGCAUUUUUAGGUCACCUGAAACAAAGUCUUAAGGGCCCUAAUGCAGUUGUCUUUUGUCUGUCGUCAUGUGGCUGCCUGACUGUCAUUCCACAUUUAAUUGACCUUGACCUACUUUUAAGGUCACAGGGGUCAAAUAUGUUAAAAUCUUUAAAUAACAUUUCAAUAACCAAGAGUCACAGAGUCAUGAUAUUUGGCCAUUAGUAUGUUGGGAUGAAGGGCUACCAAAUUUGUUCAAAUAAAUGACCUGCUUUCAAUGUCUCAGGGGUCAAAUGUGUCAAAAUCUUUAACAAAAGAGGCCAUGAUAACUCAGUUGGUUUGAGCACUGGCCAGAUAAUCUCUGGUAAAGAUCAGAGGUGUGUGGUUUUAUGCUCCCUACCCAUGUUGGUUUGCGUUUCUCAGGAAGCAGAGAAGGGCCAGUCUGUGUCCUUGAGAUACAUUAUCCCUAUUGCUCUGCACGCCAGGGCAUGCGACGGGCUGAUCGUAUGUUGUUCAAUGAGGUAGUCACGGACUGCUACAAGGAGACCCCACCUCAAAAUGACCCUCAGGCUGUCCAUGGGGCAAUAAACCCAGCAAACAAAUCUUUAAACCACCACCUCUUUAUAACCAAGAGGCCCAGAGUCAUGAUAUUUGUUCAGUUCACGAAAAUGUAAGUUGAGGUCAAAAAUCAAAUCAAAGGUUGAGGAUAUUUGGCCCAAAGGUCAAGGUCAAAUUUUGUAUCUUUUCACUGACAAACCAUUUCUGGCAUAAUGAAUUAUCACUGACAAACAAUUUUUUAUGACAUAUUGAAGAAAAGUGGAAAUUAGACCAGGAGUUAUCUGACCUAAUGUUAAGGCCACUUGGUAAAGAAGUUAAUGAAGUCACUGGGUCAAGCGUAAUGGUCAAAUUUUCUAUCUUUUCACUGCUGAAGGUUUUGUUAUGACCUUAUGAAGCAAACUUGUUCACAAUUAAACAUGUAGCCAACUGACCAAAGAUCAUGGUCAUUCAGAUCCAAGUUCAAAGACAAAUCUGGCUGUUAUUGGUGUGAGGGUUUUAAAGUUCAGAUAAAGCAAAUUGAAGCUAACAAAUGAGUAUUAUACUGGUACUUAGAUUCUGUAAGCCCAGCCAAAUUCGGAGGUAGAAAGAAACAAGAAUCACAUAAUUAUACUACAUGUAUAUGUGAUAUAAUAACAGGCAGAUGGCAUCUUGAUGAUUAUGGGGCUCUUCUUGACCUGUACUGUAUUCAAUUUUAAGUGAAUUAACCUUGAUCUACCUUCAAGUCACAAUGGUGAGAUGUGUUAAAUUAAAGCAAAACAUCAUCUAUCAGUACAUAUCAGAAUUCGGGUGAUUGCUAAGGCCCAUGGACCUCUUGUUUCUGAUACCAUAUUCACUUCAGGCUGUGUGUGCUAGUGUAUAGCACUGGGGUGAUAUUCUAGUCAAGUGGAUAACUUAGAUGUGCCAAAAUUACUUUUAUUCAAAUACACCUGUUUUUAGACCACCGUCAUCAGAUGGUAGGCUAUUCAAAUCGCCCUUCGUCUGUAGUCUGUCAUUAGAUUUCUAGUGCUUCUGAUCUGGGAAUCAAAAUUUGUUAUUUAUAUUUCUCAGAAAGUUCGUCUUAGAACUUACUUAUACUCCAUGUGUGGGUUCCCCUUGCUAUCAAAUAAUUAAGAGGAAGAGGAGAAAGAGGAAAAAGUAGCGAAAAGAUAAGACAAGUAAAGAUCAUUCAUUGGUGGGUGCCAAUUAGAUCCAUCUCUCUGGGAUCGCUUGUUUCAGCUGAAUAAUUUCAUCGCUAUUUCUCAGAAAGUUUUGCAUAAAUGUUUCUCAAAUUGUGAUAUAAUAACAGGCAGAUGGCUUCUUGAUGAUUAUGGGGCUCUUCCUGUCAGACCUGUACUGUAUUCACUAUUGGUUCCCAAGUGAGACUGAUCAAAAGUAAGAUGGCCAAUAGGUGUACUUUUUGAAUUUUGACAGUGGAAGUUUGUAAAUCAUUAUUUUAUAGUCAUGAAUCUUUCUCAGAUUCCAUAUUAGUAGAUUCCCUUGUUUUCAAAUGAUUAGGAGCAAGAAAAUAGAGAAAAAGGUCAGUGUUAGAGAUCUAACAAAGUCGUUUGAUGGUGGGCACCAAGAUCCCUCUGGGAUAUCUUGUUAUUACAUGGCUUCAUUGCAGUACAGAAGAUUUCAGUAUAUGAUAUGUAAAAACAGUAUUUAAACUAAGAUAGAUGUGUUGAUUCAUUUGGCAAUUAAGUGUCCAAUAUCCAUGUUUUAGUCUUUCCAAAGUAUUCAUGAUAAAAUUUGACAUCAAAUUAUUCUUGCAGCAUGUCAAAGUCUUCCAUUCUGUAUAUGAUUUAGGUUGUUAUAUCCCACCAAUUUUAAAUAUCCUUCUAUAUUGAUACAUGCAUGAUAAUAACAAGUAAGCAAAGUUUAAGAAACUGUAAUAUAAAAUGUUCCUCCAUAUCUUUGUACAAAGUGUGUAACUUUGUCUAAUGCUCUUUCAUCACAUCCUAUUCCCAGGUUUUGUAUGUUUGUACCUCUUGGGUUGAUGAAAUGUCACAAACAGAAGUCUCUUGUUCCAUGAUGUAUGAGUUAUGGCUUUUGUUAACGGCAGAUCAUCUGGGGCAUACCUACACUGUCACUUAGGCUAGCUGUGAAGGGCGAGCUAAUUCCGAAAUAAACUCUUGGAAUAUCAGAGCUAUUUUCGAAAGGAAAUCUAAUCCAAACUCUUGGAAUAUCAGUGCUAUUUUCGAAAGGAAAUCUCAUCCAAAAAUCAAAUUAAUUGCCAAUUCAAUAUUAAGAAAUUCAUUUGAAUUCUUGCCUGCCUUACCCUUGUGUAUUACACUACAGUAGGACAGCCUAGCCAUGGGCAAUUUUUUCUUUAAGCAAAAACUCCUGUAUUACAAUGAUAAAAACUGAAAAAUGAAUGUAUACAAUAAUUAGUAUAUACAGACUUCACAUUUGUUUAGAAAAAAAGAAAAAGGAAAGAAAAUAUUGGUUCCGGAUUUUGAAUUUCUGGAUUUUCUGAAUGUGUGUUGUUUACAUUGUUUACAUUGGAAAUUUAGUUUUGCCUACAGAGGAAACAGUAAUUUCAAUAUAAGGUAAGAUAGAGGAAAACUUCAUGAAGAAUAGAUGUCAAAACAAAAUUGAUUCUGUCUUUGGGAUAGAGAUAUUUAAUUUCAAAUAGGUUUCAGAAAAAAAUUGUAUAGGGAAUUGUAUCAUUUUGGGUCAAAUAUGAUAUUUUGCAGUUUUUACAGUGUAAGGUUUUUAGAAUUGGUUACUAUGGUAUUCACCGGUCUGAAAAACAGAAAAAAAUAAGUUUACUUUUCCUUCACAGCUGUAUUAAAAUUACAAAUGUUGUAUAGAUUACAAAUACAUAUACCUACUUUAGGUAAUAUGUAGGGUUAACUGGCUAUGUUUACAUAACUCAUUUUCAGAAUUGAACAUUUUUUUCUGUACACUGCUACCUAUACAUCACUUUUCCCAACAUCAUCUUAAAGAUUUUAAAUGAAAUUGAAAAUGUGCCAUGUUUGUGACAUCAUGAAUCAGGUUUUCUUCUAGGAGAGAUGUUAAAAUGUGAGCACAGAUGUACAGAAUUCUAUUCCACCCUAGAUGUAACAGUACAUUCAUGUUGUGUAUGGUGUACUUUCCAGGGAUAGUCGUACCAUUGCUAAAUUAUCUAUACAACCUCCUGUGAUGCUGGCGUGUCAAAUACAUGUAUUGAGAUAUGGUUUACUAUACACCACAUUCAGUAACCAUAUGUUUCAGUUACUAAAUUUUGUAUUGUUUCAUCAUGAUUUAAAUUUUCUUUGUUGUAUUUGUCCAAAAGAUUCAGCUAUAAAUUUCAACCUCAUGCAGUAAAGCAUAAAUUAAUGCUCUGUAUUUUAUAAAGGCAUAAUCCGAUAAUUCAAUAGGAAUAUAUUUUUUGUCCAAAUCUUACAAUAUUCCUAUGAAAACGUUUUUAGAAAAUAAAAUAUAUUACUUGAA